AUGAAAGGAAAUGCGUACUUUCUUCCUAGAAAACCAGACAGAAUUGCAGAAAACAUUUUAUUGCAUAACCGCAGAUUCUACCGAGUCGCCCAAGAUUUCCAAAAAUUCCAGCUGAUCUGGAGUCAACUGAAAAAGAGUCAUAUCGAUUUCCUCUUCGUUGGCCUUGUCGUAGUGCAAUCCCAAAGCCACAGCUACAUUUCUGUAGUGAAAACGUGCCGACAACCUGCAGGAUUUCGAAUCCGUCGAAGCAGGCUACGCAGGUUCAAACGUUUAAGCCGAAAAUCAACCCUGUCGGGCAGCGCUAGUCACUAG